AUGGAUGAUUGGACCUCUCUUGGUCCUCUUAUUGAGCUGAUAGGUGAGAGAGGACCAGCUGUUACUGGAUUGAGCAUUAAUGCAGUGGUGGUAGAUGCUCUAACAAGUGAUGGGUGGUGUUUUGAGCGAAGUAGAAGCAGGAAUCCGAUCAUCACAUUGCUCAGAGAGAGUAUGCCUGAUGCGCAACCAAUUUUGAGCUCAGAGGUUGAUGAUACUUAUGUUUGGGCCACUAAUGGUCAGAAUAGUUCAGAGACAUUCUCCACUAGUGAGACUUGGAAGACUCUUUUUCCUUGCACGUUGGAAGUAUUUUGGCAUGAAGUGAUUUGGUUCUCAGGACGUAUUCCGAAGCAUAUAGACAACAUAUGUUCUUUGACUACGACUUCAGUAGACAGGUGUGGUCUUUCUUCACCAAUAGCUGCAGUUGGUACCUCCAAGGCUUCAAUCCUGUUCGAAGAUGGCCUAAGAUGGUUGAAGAAUCCAUCGAGGGAAAAGAAUGUGAAGUUGAUUGUGAGGUUACUCCACCAGGCUUGUCUCUAUCUUAUUUGGAAGGAGAGAAACUCAAGAAUACACACAGAUGUAGCUAGACCACCUGAGGCCAUUAUUGCUGAGAUUAAGCAAAUCAUUCGGCUAAGGCUGGAUCCUCUAGCUCGGGCUCAAACGCUAGUUCACCGAGAAGACUCGGUUCUGGCCACUUGGUUUUCUAUAUUCUAG